ACAUGUUCACGUCCCCAUUGAUUCGUCUUUGACAAAGGUUAAAUCAGUUCGUCGCUGUUGUUUGAACGGAGCGUAUAUCAACUGAUUAGAUAAUUAUCGCUUCGCAUUCUCUCCUCCAGCCUGAGACGCUUAGCUAGCUAGCAGCUAGUGUUAGCGUUAGCCGUAGCAGCUGGUAGCAAUGGCUGCAGUCAUUCUGAGUUUUCCAACCCUGCACGGACUGAGGAUAUUUACACAAAAAUUAUCAUGGACCAAAAGGGGCGUGAGACUUGCUUCAGGAGGGGUUGCAAGGAUCGAGAAGGUGCUGAUUGCCAAUCGAGGGGAGAUUGCUUGUCGUGUGAUGCGCACGGCAAAGAAGAUGGGCAUCCGCUCUGUGGCUGUGUACAGCGACGCAGACAGACACUCCAUGCACGCCGCCAUGGCGGAUGAAGCCUACCACAUUGGCCCUGCGCCCUCACAGCAAAGUUACCUCUCUAUGGAGAAGGUUCUCAAAGUGGCCAAGACGUCUGGGUCACACGCGGUUCACCCAGGUUACGGGUUUCUGUCAGAAAACACAGAGUUUGCUGAGGCAUGUAAGCAGGAAGGCAUCAUCUUCAUUGGGCCGCCUUCCUCUGCCAUUCGAGACAUGGGCAUCAAGAGCACAUCAAAACAUAUAAUGUCAGCUGCCGGGGUGCCAAUCAUCGGCGGUUACCACGGAGACGAGCAGUCAAAUGAACGACUGCAAGCAGAGGCCGCUCGCAUUGGCUAUCCUGUGAUGAUCAAGGCAGUUCGUGGAGGUGGAGGAAAGGGGAUGCGCAUCUCACGGUCAGAGUCAGACUUCCUGGAACAGUUGGAGUCAGCGAGGAGAGAAGCCAGAAAAUCCUUCAAUGAUGAUGUCAUGCUGGUUGAGAAGUUUGUAGAAGACCCCAGACAUGUGGAGGUGCAGGUGUUUGGGGACAUGCAUGGUAAUGCUGUUUAUUUGUUUGAGAGAGACUGCAGUGUCCAAAGGAGACAUCAGAAGAUCAUAGAGGAAGCACCAGGGCCUGGUAUUAGUCCUGAGGUUCGAAGGAAACUUGGAGAAGCUGCAGUUAGAGCAGCCAAGGCUGUAAACUACGUAGGGGCAGGUACGGUGGAGUUCAUAAUGGAUGCUCAGCAUAACUUUUACUUCAUGGAGAUGAACACCAGGCUGCAGGUGGAGCACCCUGUCUCUGAGAUGAUCACUGGAACUGACCUGGUGGAGUGGCAGCUCAGGGUGGCAGCAGGUGAGCGGCUGCCUCUCCUCCAAGAUGACAUCAUCCUAAAGGGGCACUCUUUUGAAGCUCGUAUCUAUGCCGAGGACCCAAACCAUGACUUCCUUCCAGGGGCGGGACCAUUGCUGCAUCUCUCCACCCCUGCACCAGACCAGCACACCCGCAUAGAGACUGGAGUCAGGGAAGGGGACGAAGUGUCUGCUCACUAUGAUCCAAUGAUUGCUAAGCUUGUGGUUUGGGGAGAGGACCGAUCAGCUGCCUUGAAGAAACUGCGGUACUGCUUACGACAGUACAAUAUCGUCGGACUCAACACUAACAUAGACUUUCUGCUCAGCCUUUCGGGUCACCCAGAGUUUGAGGCUGGAAAUGUGAGCACCAGCUUCAUUCCUCAGCAUUAUGCUGAUCUCUUCCCCACUCCAAGAGCUCCUUCUGGGGAAACCAUCUGUCAGGCGGCCCUGGGUCUGCUCUUGCAGGAGAGGAAGCAUACGCAGGAGUUCACACAGCGCUCCACUGACCCUUUCUCCCCAUUUGGCUCCAGCAGCGCCUGGAGAAACAACACACAGUUUAACCGAAACAUGGCACUACAGCUGGGAGACAAGAAAGUCAAUGUUGUCGUCACCUACAACAAAGAUGGCAGCUACAGUAUGCAGAUUGGUGCGGACGUGUACCACGUGACUGGGGAGGUGGAGGUGGAAGGCGGAGCUUCGUUCCUCCACUGUUCCGUCAAUGGAGCUAGGUCUCGUCCCAAACUGGUGAUUCUGGAGAACACAGUGCAUCUGUUCUCUGUGGAGGGAAGCUCACAGGUGUCUGUUCCUGUACCAAAAUAUCUGGCUGGUGUGAGCUCGUCUGGGGCUCAGGGUGGAGCUGUGGCCCCCAUGACUGGAACCAUAGAGAAGGUGCUGGUGAAGGCAGGAGAUAAAGUGACUGUUGGAGACCCACUGAUGAUCAUGAUUGCCAUGAAGAUGGAGCACGUAAUCCGGGCGCCCAAGUCAGGCGUGAUCAAGAGGGUGUUCUUCAGCGAGGGCUCUCAGGCCAGUCGACACGCUCCUCUGGUGGAAAUGGAGGAGGCGGUGGAGGACAAUGGGGCUGGUGGCAGCCAGUAAAUGCUCACCAGAAAAUGACAACAAACGCAUCAGACGGGUCUGAUGGCUGAAGGGUGAGUCCAUUUGAAUGGACUUGAACGCCCAGCAGUAGAUCCAUGUUUCUUUAAAUACAAGUCAGCACUUAAACCACGAGUUUCAGGUCACUCUGAAAUGGACUAGGCCCAAACUAUCAACCUGAGAACUCAAAUACUCCAAAAAGUCAUAGUGUCAAUAAACAAGUCAAUAAACUUCAUAAUAAUAAAUAUUUGAACUUUGAGGCUACAUGACUUUUACUGAACAGUGAUGAUGAGAGAACAGUUGGAUCCUUGUGAUGUGUGGGGUUUGUAUCAAUCCAUUUUGUGACCUGGUUUAACUCCUGUCUAUUCAAUAAUCAGCAUUUCAGUCACUGAGAGCUUUAAACAAACACGUGGUUUGUUGCUCUUGUUGCUCACUAACUGUGUGCAUUGAGGCCUUGUGGACUAAAACUGAUCAAUGUCUGUUUAUUCUGAAUUAUUUUUUAGCUGUACAAUUUUUAAAAAGAUGAUAAACUGAUCAGAUACUGUAAUAAAGUAAAACAAAGUACACACCACUUCCUGACAUGUCAUACUUGAUGCCCAAGUGCUUGAAGGUGUCAGGCUUUAUUGUUUAGGGCGUGAUCGAGGCCUCCUCCAAAUUCACCUCGCGUCCUAUCAAAUAAAGGCCUGAUCUGUCAGGAUAAUUCCAAACACCACGUGCCUCCGGCACUUUAAUUGUCUGCUCCCUCAGUGGAUGGGGCAAAUGAGACAAAUUCCACUACCAUCUACUUGUACAUGUGUAAUGACAAAUGUUAAUACUAUUCUACUGUAGUAUGUAUAAAUAAAGUGUAAUACCAGA